AUGGAAGGAAGGAGGAGUGAGAGUGAAAAAGAAGGAAGGAAGAAGAAGAGAGAAAGUAGAGAAGAGGAAGAAGGAAACAAAAAGGAACGGCGUUCAGUUCCUUGGCUCGCUAGAAUCUCGGCGGCGUUACCUCCGACGACCUUGAUGAUGCCAUUCACGAUUAGGUAUUGGGAGGUGACGGAUCUACAAUUUUCUCUUUCUCAAGAUCGCUAUAUCGCUCAACUCAUCUAUGUUCUCUCAAUUUCUCGCUCAAUUCAUGUCUGCUCUCACGCUUUCCCUUAG